AAGCUCCAUAUUUUUAAUGUUUUAUUUAUAUUUGCACAUGCAACAAUUAUUACCUACUCUGACCUACCUUAUAAUUGCCUUGCUCUUUUUACUUAAGAAACCUGCGAGGAGGUAAUAAUAUUUCGUAAUAAAUUCGACAUUGGCAUCAUGGCGAAACCAACUAUAGCGCAUUGGCAACUUGAUCCUGAAGGAGAUGUCCUACUUACGCUUCACAACCCGAACGCACCGUUUGCUGUAUGGGAUGCAAACUAUUAUAAGAACGCACCUUCAUCUCUUACAGAACAGCCUAGCACUCAGCCCCGGAAUUCCGAUCUACUAAAGGCUGAUCCCCAUCCCAAAACUAAAGCCGCUCAAGUAUCAGACCAACCUACAAGUUCAACGUCUAAAGUUGAGUUCCUCCUCUCGUCAAGACAUCUGUCUUUAGCUUCUGGAUACUUCAAGCGCCUUUUACGAGAUCCUUGGAAAGAAGUAACGCCAACAUCCCCAGAUGGUCGUCUGUGCGUGGACGCUGAGGAUUGGGAUGAGAAUUCCAUGCUCCUUCUAAUGCGAAUUAUUCACGGUCAUAAUUACAAAGUCCCUAAAUCAAUGACUCUUGAAGAACUCGCUAAGAUUGCCGUACUAAUCGACUAUUACCAAUGCCAUGAGGCGGUUAUGGCGUGGUCGGAUGUAUGGAUGGACCACCUAGGUCAUAAUUAUAGAGAGGAUAGGUUCGGCGGGAGUGUGCUCAGAAGAGAUAUGAUCCUAUGGAUCCUUGUUACUCAAGUAUUCCGUAGAGAAGAAUGGUUUAAGGGAGCAACGCUGGCAGCUGUAUAUUGUUGUGAAGGUAAAUUUCCAACGCUAGACCUACCAAUCACGGCAGUAGCUGAUAAAAUCGAUGAGAAGAGGGAGAAGUUCCUAGGUCAGAUUUUUACUGAUUUAUAUGGCCUUCUUAAACGCUUGCGCGAGUGCGCAGCUGGAUGCUCAUUUGCGUGUUCGUCGAUAAUGCUGGGCGCACUCAGUAUACAACUACAGAAGCGAGGGAUCUUCGAACCGCAGUUACACUCCCCAUAUGCUAGCUAUAGUUGCCUGGGAGCUGUUAAACUGGUCCAGAAAUUAACUACUCCCGAAUGGAUUGCCGUGUCACCAGCACCGAUCAUCGACCCCCCGGCGUGGCUCGCCUUGCCCUCAAACCAAGAACAACACUCUUGUACACUUUCGAAAUUUCUCUCUCCGAUAUUUAAUACCUAUUAUCCCGAAGUUGUCACGCUAGCAGAUAUCCAAGGGGGGCAGGGAAGGGGGUCAAAAGAGCCUUAGAUGUUGACUAAAAACCCCGAGAACAUGUAUCUAGCUUGGUGGGCUAUUACUUUGGCUUGGUUAAUGAUGGAGGGUAAAUUGUCUUAUAAAUACCUAAGUACCUGAUUUACCAAUAAAAUUUGAAAAUAAUACUUUCUGUUGAA